AUGGCCGAGAGUGGACAACGGAUCCACCCCAGAUCAGAUCACGACCUGGACUCACUUCGACAAGAGAUUACCCCCAGCUCAGACCACACCCCCGACUCACAUCGACGAAAGAUCACCUCCAGCUCAGAUUCUCAGGCCGAAGCAGAACAAGACGAGCAACACCAAGACUCUAGGCCCACAAGCCAUGCAGGCCACCUUGCUACAACCUCAACCUCAACCUCAGACUCAGAGUCGACCUUGAGCUCAUCAGAACGAGACCAAACUCCCAUGACGCAACCACAAAAUCCAAGACAAGUCCAACUCCAGACCAAGAUCUCGGCCCUUCAAUCCAACAUCGAAGCCACAGAAGCACAACUUGCGCUCAAAGUGCAAAAGAUUACUGAAUUGAAAUCAUUUCCGCAACAGCAACGAGACUCACACCAGCAACGAGACUCACACCAGCAACGACGAGACUCACCUCCAUCCUCAUCCUCGGCAUCAGACACGAAAUCGAAUAACCCCCGUCAAGAUCCCGCCAGAGCAGCAGCAGCAGCAGCAGCAGCAGCAGCAGCAGCGCAAGACCACGCCCAACUCAUCAUAACACGACACAUCACUCUCCUCAAACGGUACAACGAGAUCAAAGACGUCGCGUGCGGGAUGUUGAGUCUCAUUGCCGAGAAACAAGGGCGGACGUUGGCCGAAGUCAUGGCCGAGAGGGGCGUGAGUGAGCGGGAUUGA